AUGGAUACCAUUAACGAACACAUUGCGGCUCGAGAUUAUAUUGAACUCGUAAAUUUCUGUGAAGAUUUAGAGCUUCAAUUGGCACUCACACCAAAUAGUUCUAUAACUCCUGAAGAUUUUUAUGGUCCUUUUUUACUUGGUUAUCUAGUUCAACAAGAUCUUCCCUCAGCUAGAUUUCUUUGGAAACGUUUACCCGACAACAUUAAAGGGAAUUCAAAAGAAUUAAAAGCCAUAUGGGAUGUUGGUGUAGCUCUUUGGCAAAGAGAAUAUGAAAAUGUGUACUCAAUAAUAAACUCUCAAACAUGGAAUCCUACAAUUGCACCAUUAUUGGAACAAUUGUCUGAAAAUUUACGAGAACGCAUGUUUUCUUUGAUAUCUGAAGCAUAUUCUUCAAUCAUAAUUGAUGAUGUGAUCAAAUUUGUUGGGUUAUCGCGUGAGAAAGUUUUAGAAGUUGCUGAAGAACGUGGAUGGGAUAUUGAUCUUUCUAAUAAUAUUUUACAACCAAAGAAAACUGUCAUCGAUACACCACAAUCUACGUCUCUUUCGAAUUUCUCUCAACUCACCGAUUUAGUUAUUCACUUGGAAAAAUCAUGA